AUGCUUGAAGAAUUUAUAAAAGACAUGAUGAAACACUAUGAGAUGACAAAUUUGGGAUUGUUACACCACUUUCUUGGAAUGGGAAUAUUACAAACUGAGAAGAGUAUCUUUAUACACCAAAAGAAGUAUGCACAUAAGUUGAUUGAGAAGUUCGGAUUAAAAGAUUGCAAAGCAGUGGCUACUCCACUUGCAAUAAAUGAGAGAUUGAGCAAGAUUGAUGGAAGUGAAGCUGCGAAUCGAGGAGAAUACAGAAAGAUAGUGGGAAGCUUGCUCUAUUUGACUGUAACUAGACUUGAUGUGAUGUUUGCAGCAAGUCUCUUGGCAAGGUUCAUGCAUAAUCCUACAAAGAAACACAUGGGGACAGCAAAGAGAGCCCUGAGAUACAUUCAAGGAACACUUGAUUUUGGAAUUGAAUUUAUAAAAGGGAAGACAACUACUCUAAUCGGUUACUGUGAUAGUGACUGGGCAGGAAGUGAAGAUGAUAUGAGGAGCACUUCAGGGUAUGCAUUUACUCUAGGAUCUGGUGUGUUUUCAUGGGCAUUGAUUAAGCAAAACACAGUGGCAUUGUCCACUGCAGAAGCAGAAUAUGUCAAUGCUGCUGAAGCUACUUCCUAA